GCUGCUUCCAUUUUUGCACAAAAGGCAAAAGCAAUUGGUGCAAGCACACGUCGAUACAUGGACCAAAACGAAUCCAAUGCAGUGCAUUCCUAUGUACUACAAAAUUGCCUAGAGAUCGACUCAUUCCGAGAAUUGUUCACGAAUGCAACCGGAUUAACAACCUCCGAUGAACUUCAAUUUCAAGCACAAUUUCCGCUCUGGUUUUAUCACUAUGUGCGUAAUGACACUAUAGAUCACCCACAAUGGAAGUGGGUACCCCAGAAGACAAAGGAUUUAUAUUGGGAUCAAUUCCAGGAUUUAGUAAACUGGGAUAUAUCCAAGUUCAAUGGUGAAGACAUCAGGAAGGGUUACGAAAAUUAUCUUAAGCAACGUGCUUAUUCGAAUAUAAUGUCUAAAAUCAGGGAGCGCCGG